AUGCCAGCUGCCCCUUCUGCUGCUGCCCCUGCGGUCUCACCCCUAGCAGAAGCUUUUGUUGUUGCGUGUCGGCCGCUCUCUUACAACAAAAAAGAAAAUUGUUCCGGAUCUUCGGUGCCGGCUGCCUAUUGCACUGGACAGAUACAUAAGUUGCACGAACCGAUCUUCAGUAAUGCAACUGUUGUACGUGGCGGCGAGGCUAUCCUGGCAGGGAAAAGCGCCGUUAAUAGACGAACCAUCUGCUCUGUGACAGACUACAUCAGUGCUGUUAGGAGCAAAUCCUUCCAAACCCGCCCCACCCCGUCACCGCAACCCGCUCCCAACGGCCGCGCCGCGCGCACGGCGCCCGCCCUGUGGGCGUGGCUUACGGGACACCGCCCUCUGACGUCACAUCCGGGCGCCGUGGGGCAGCUCGCACUUCCUGUCGGGUCCCUUCAGAACGCUUUGGUUGCGCAGCGGCUCUGUCCCCGCGGCAGGAUGUCAGCCAGUGUCCCUGCGAACUCAAAUGUGGCUGCUGGCAGUAACCGUCGACUUCAGCAAACUCAGCAUCAAGUAGAUGAGGUUGUUGACAUCAUGAGGGUGAAUGUGGACAAGGUGCUGGAAAGAGAUCAGAAGCUGUCGGAGUUGGAUGACCGUGCUGAUGCUCUGCAAGCGGGAGCUUCCCAGUUUGAGACCAGUGCGGCCAAGCUGAAAAGAAAGUAUUGGUGGAAGAACUGUAAGAUGUGGGCAAUAUUGAUAGCUGUUGUUGUCAUUAUCAUCAUCAUCAUUAUCGUCGUGAGUGUGCAUCAGUGAGUUACGGGAAGAAACUCCCACACUGGAGGUGCCUUUCCUCAGCCUUCCCGCUCCAAACCCGCUGUUCUCUCAGCCCAUUUUCUGCUGUUCGAAGCGAAACUCUUCUGAUGAUUGAAAUGUUAACUUUACCUGGUUGCCUUAAGACACUCCUGAAAGUUACUAACAGCCACCGCCCGUACAGUGCCUUGGUGAGCCGGAGCGCG